CCACAAAUGUUAGUGCUUGUUCAAAAAUACACGUUUAAAAAUCUUACAAGUCUUGAAUUGCCUUGUAGCUUUUGGCUUAUAAGUCAAGACCCAUAAAGUUGGAAUUUUUGUCUUUUUACUUUACAAAUAAUUGUCUACAAAUAUUUUUUUAUUUUACUUAAAUAAUAUAAAAAUAUUAAAAAUUAUUGUAACUUAAAAUAAUGCAAUCAGGCUCAAAUCAUACCCAUGUUAUGACAUACUUAAAGACCAUAAAUAUUUUAACGAAAUCCUCCUUCCUGCUUAUUAAACUCCGUCUUUGGUCAAAUUGCUUCAUAUAAAUCAAAAUGGAAGUAAUAUAUAUUAUGAUGCCCCCAUAUGAAAUAAAACAAAAGAAGAAAGCAACAAAGUUGAAUAUUGUGCUAGCCUCCAUAACAAAAUAAAGUUGGACUUGGACCGUAUUAGAAUAUAUAUUAUUUUUCCAAAUAACUAGCUAGUAUGUAUUCACAUUCUUACAUAAAAAAGCAAGGGUAGUAAACCCUAAUAUCUUCUUCCUCCUUCUUAGCUAGCCAGCUUACUCCUUUUUCUCACCUCAUUUACUAAUUUGUAAUAACAUAGCUCCUAGCUAAGCUCUUUGGCUGAACUAAUGUUCUGUUAGAUCGACAUUCGAAGAGAUGAAAAGAUCAGGCUCCGAUGAAAGGGAAGAAAAAGACACUAGUAAUAUAUUCCCAAUAUACUCAUCAACUAGAUCUCAACAAGACAUGUCUACUAUGGUUUCUGCUCUCUCUCAAGUCAUUGGAAACUCUUCUUCUGCUGCUGCUCAUCAUUCCUCCACCACGUACGUUAAUCCACUAACCCUAAUUCCACAAUCCAGUACUUCACUUCAGCAAAACCAAUCUCAAUCGUCUAUUCAAGAUCAAGAGAAUUCGGGAAGAAGGCGAUAUAGAGGAGUUCGUCAAAGACCAUGGGGUAAAUGGGCCGCGGAAAUUCGCGACCCGAAAAAAGCAGCUAGAGUUUGGCUUGGUACUUUUGAAACUGCUGAAGGUGCAGCACUUGCUUAUGAUGAAGCUGCUCUUAGAUUCAAAGGCAACAAAGCUAAACUCAAUUUCCCUGAAAGAGUUCAAGGACAGUUUCAAUACCUUACUAGUGCUACUCCUCAUGCCACAUCAUCAAAUACUUUUUUCACCCAACAACAAAGUUACCCUGAUGUUCAUCACUAUGCUGAUUUGCUACUUCGUAGUGACAAUAAUAUUGAUUUGAAUUUCGACGUUUCACCAAGUACUUGCUAUCAGUAUUCAUCAUCAGGAUCGUCUUUUGAUGUUUCGCAAUCAUCUGUGGAGCAGCAACAAGUAAGUACUAAUUAUAAGUAUCGGCAAGACGAAGAAGAAGAGGAAGAAGAUUGUAUGAAAUUUACAGGAUCGCAAUUUGGAAAUUCUACUUCAACUCAUGGACCUGAUCAUGAAAGUAACUGGGAAGAUUAUGAACAUAGAAAGUAACUUUCAAUAUGCAUGAUUUUGUUGGUAUCAGAGCUCGAGUUUCACUGUCAUCCAUUACCAAAAUGAACUUUUACGUACGUGUUUGAAUUAUGAAAAAAGAAUCAGGCUGGCACGUUAUUCAUAUCAUUGAGAUGUGUUGUCUCAGUCUCUCUAUUUAGAUGAGAUAGAGAUUUUUUUCUUAUUUUAUGAUUUUAAUUUAAUUUUUAUGGUCUUUCAGUUUAUUGUAACAUUGUAGAGACUUCUAAUUCUUCGUUGCUUGUUAUGAACUAUAUAUAAGGGUGAAUUAAUGUAACGGUGUGAUUUUAUGUGAUUUGAGAUUAAUCUUCAA